GAAACCAACAAAAACCCUUCACCCAUCUCUGCAAAAUCCCAAUUUCACACUCUGAAACCAACACCAUUUUUGAUCAAUCAUUCAUCGAUGCACAAAUUUUUAAACAAAUCCACACGCCUAUACAUCUCCAACAUGCAGUCACAGAUCCUCCCGAUCUCAAUCUCCAACCCCUUCAUCCCAAACCCUACAUCAUCAUCUCCAAUCAUGCCACCUUCUGCUGGUGCAGUCUUCUUCAAUUCGAUCCACUACGACUCUGACGAUUUGCCUCAUUCAUCGAUUGAAGACGGUAAAAAGUUCGAGACUAAACCCUUCCUACUUCCUAGGGUUUCCAGUCUCGAUAACGUUAACGGCACUGUUGAUGUUAUUGCGGCUAGUUCUGUUUCGUAUCAGCAACGACGUCGUCGUGCGGCUAGUGAUUCGAAUUUAACGGAUCUUCGUGGAGGGAGAAAGCGGUUUUUUUGGAGUAGUGGCGCUCGGAGUGAUGGUGAUCGGUAUUCUGUUACUCGAUUUGGGGCUAAAGUUUUUGGAUAUGUUAGGUCAGGCUGUAAAUUGAUAACAGGAUUUCUUUCUCUACAAUGUUACGCGUUCCUAAUCAUGCCAGGUGUACUUCAAGUCGCUUAUUACUAUUAUUUCUCAAGUCAGAUACGUCGGGAUAUUGUUUUUGGUGAUCCACCAAGGAAUAAACUUGAUAUAUAUUUACCUAAAAGUGAUGGGAAAAAUGACGUUCCAAAACCCGUCAUUGCUUUCAUCACUGGAGGAGCCUGGGUAAUAGGGUAUAAAGCUUGGGGUUCUCUUUUAGGGCUUCACUUAUCGGGUACAGACGUCAUAGUGGCAUGCAUAGACUACAGAAAUUAUCCGAAGGCUACCAUCAGUGAAAUGGUUGAGGAUGCUUCACGAGGCAUCUCAUAUGUGUGCAAUAAUAUCACUGAAUACGGUGGUGAUCCAAACAGGAUUUAUUUGAUGGGUCAAUCAGCUGGUGCCCACAUUGCUGCGUGUGCUCUUGUGGAGCAGGCAAUUAAAGAGUCCGAUGCAAAACAAGCUACUACAUGGAGUGUAUCCCAAAUUAAAGCUUAUUUCGGAUUAUCAGGAGGAUAUAAUAUGUUUAACCUGGCAGACCAUUUGAACACAAGAGGUCCAUACAAAUCACUUUUUAUGAGAAUAAUGGGAGGGGAUGAAUCUUUACGUAAAUAUUCUCCAGAAAUUGUUAUUCAAGACCCGAACAAUAAUAGCGCAGUUUCUCUUCUACCUCCAGUUAUCCUAUUUCACGGGACAGCAGAUUAUUCAAUUCCAGCAGAUUGCAGUAAAACAUUUGCGGAAAGUCUCCAAAGAGUAGGAGCGAAAGCAGAAUUGAAGUUAUACGAGGGGAAAACUCACACUGAUGUGUUUGUUCAGGAUCCGAUGAGAGGGGAUGACAAACUGUUUGACGAUUUAGUGGCUAUAAUACAUGGUGGAGAUGAAGAAGCUCCUGCUAGACAAGCAAGAGCAUCUCGAAGACGUCGCCUUGUACCUGAAUUCAUGUUAAAAUUGGCUGGAAAAAUCAGCCCCUUUUAAUCAAUUAAUUAUAGAUGUGACAUUCUUUGUACGUAUGCCUCACAGUCUAUAUAGAUACGCAUUUAAUCUUCUUGUUCGGUUGAGAAGCAUGUGUGAUAAUUGUACAAAUAGUCCCGGCUGGCAAACAUGGUAUUUUGAUCAAAUGAUCACAUAAACAUGAAGCUGUUCAUAGGCAGUUAAACACUGUCUAUGCUUAACGUUGUAA